CAGGAAUCUGCUUCAGAAACACUUCUCCAGCCACUCUCUCCUCGAGCCAUCAUUCAAAAUGAGCAAGAUCAUUGUUUACAGCCUAGAGGGCUUCGGGGGCCGAUCAGCUGAAUUCAACAAUGAUGUCGGUGACUUAGAAGCGAAUGGUUUCAACAACACCAUCGCCUCCUUAAAAGUCAUUGGUCAACCAUGGGUGGGGUAUUAUGACAAGGAUUUUGCUGGAAAGCAGCGGGUGUUUGAGGCAGGAGAGUACCCCAGGAGAGUCUCUGAAGACAAAGGCAAGUUUUCCUCCCUCAAGAAGAUCACGAAUGACCUCUCCAACCCUGAAAUCCAGCUGUUUGAACACAUUAACUAUCAAGGUAGAAGCGUGACCCUACGCGGCGAAAUCAAUCUCACCGAAAUUGAUUUCAAUGACAAAGCUUCGUCCCACAAAGUGAGAGGUGGCGUCUGGGUGCUGUACGAGCACAUCAAUCGUAAGGGUGCCCAGCUUGUUUCUUUCCCUGGUGAUCGUGUUUCCAACUAUGUGCCGCUCUCCUUCAACGAUACGGCCAGCUCUGUGCGUCCCUUGCUGCCUAGGCCAUAGACAUCAUCCUUCAAAGUCCGCUUUCUACAGCUGAAUAUAAACCGGAUCCCUUCUGGAAAGAGUGAGGCAGGUGGGAAAGACUGAUCUGGACCAGAAACAAUGACUGUGACUCCAAUAAUUCUGAAGAAACUCCAUGCAAUUAGACUCUACCUUAUCAUUUUAGGAUAUCUGUGUAAAGACAUACUGUACAUGUGUUAAUUAGGCAAAUGUCAUAUAAAAAGGAUACAUUUUAUUAGAAAAAGUUGUAAGCUGCUGGUUGUUUGGCUUUUCAUCAGUAGCGAUCAGUAUCAGAAAACAAAUGCAAUGAAAUACAGUUCUGGACUUGUUACGGAUCUAUUGUAUUUGAAUGUGUUUAACCUGUUUGAUGAGAGUGAAAUAUUGAAAGGGAUUUUGGAUUUAUAUCAUGCUGAGAACGAGACAACGGAUGCUGUUUUAAUCUGUCAACUCAGAAAAUAAAGACGCUCCUCACUAUCGUUA